UUAACGUGGUGUGAAGUGUCUGCAUCCAUUUGCUUCGCUCGGGAAAAUCAAGAAAAAGCUAACUAACCGCACACAGAAAUGGCCGAUGAGUACUUUUACGGAGCGACCCUGAAGGAGGGCAACAAAACAGUGGCAUGGGAUCCGGAGAACAAGUCCGAUGAGUACCCGAGGACGCACAAGCUGGUCAUCAAACAGUGCAUCCUGGGCCACGAAGCGGCCGCCGACGAGUACAACGUUGUGCAGGUGGAAACGAUGACGAUCCGCGACACCCUUCGCAUUCCUAUUGCCGUGCUGAAGGUGGGCGAGACACGCCAGUGCCGCAUGGACCUGGAGUUCUCCGAUGCGCCCGUCACCUUCACGUUGAUCGAGGGCAAGGGUCCGGUACACAUCCACGGCCAGCAUUUGCUCGGCUCGCUGGUGGAGGAGUUCGAGGACAUGGAGGAGAUGGAGGAGGAAGUACUGGACGAGGAGGAGGCGGACGAGGAUGAGGACGAGGACGGUGCAUCGGCCAAGAAGAAGCCAAAGCUGACCAACAACUCCAAGGGCAAACCGGGCGGCGCUCCGGGUGGUCCGGCUGGCAGUAAAAACGAAAACUCCCGGAAGAGGAAAUAAGCAGCCCGGCGGACAACCAGUUCAACAAGAGCCACCGGCGGCGACGUCAUUCCUCUCACAUUCAUAUUAUGUAUUACACACCGUAAAAACAAAAACAAAAACUAUCACGAGCAGAGUUAGCAUCAGCAGGACACGCACAGAAGUCGCAGUCAGUCAGCCAUCAUCCGGUCAGAAUCAAACAACAGCCGGGGAAUCAAAUCAAUCCACCAUUUCAUGCAACAACAACACGUAUUCUUUUGCCAAAAUCCGUUCUUUGCUUCGCUGUGCCAUCGAUCGGCGUACUUAGAAUAAGUACAACGGAGAAAGAUAGAGAGAACUCGGAAUGCCGUUCGCGUGGUACGGCGAAUGCAGGGGUUUCAGUUUCCUUUUCAUAUGCUCGAUGUUUGAAGAGUUCAAUGUAAAAAACAAUGUCAGGAAGUGAGUUCCUGUGUAACUAACCUCCUAACGAGAGUACAUUUCUACUACGAAUACCGGCUAUCUGAAUGUGCCCCCCGCGUGGAAUCUGUCCCGUCUGUCUAGGGCCAGCGGUGCGCAGCGGUUGAGUUAAUUGAAACUAAGCAAGACAAACUGUAAUAAGUAAUGAAAGAAAUAAUAACAAACACAUGAUGGUAAACUCCGAACGAAGA